AUGGAAAAAACUGAAGCAUAUGAAUGUCUACAUCAAAAUGAUCCAUUACUAAAUUUAAUUGAACGUACAAAUAAAUAUUUAUUAAAUUUAAGAUUAACUAAUUGGAUUAUACAGAGACAAUAUGAACAAUUAAGUAUUAAACUAAAUGAAGUGGAAUUAGUCCAUCUUUAUGAUUUACCAAAAGCUCAUAAACCUGGCACUUCACUUUAUCCAAUUAUUUGUGGUGUUAAAUAUCUGGCUAUUUUAAAAUAUCAAAAUUUCUUGAUGAAUUACUUCGACCAUCAUUUCAUCAAAUCGCAUUAA